AUGGACCAAGUUCUGAAAAGUAAAGUGGAGGUGAGUCUUUUGUUGGCGAAUGUUUUACAUAUUGAAAAGAUAAAAAAAAAGCUUCAUACUCAUGUUGGACUUCAUGAUAGUGCAUACAAUCAAGCUCGCAUUAAGUGUGAAGUGUUGAUGAAUCAAGAGCAACACAUUCAAUCACUUUUCUACAAACAGUCAGAACAAGCAAGAAAUGCAUAUGUUGCACGUCUUAAUGCAUCUAUUGAUUGUGUUCAAGUUCUUUUGCAACAAGGGCACUCAUUUCGAGGUCAUGAUGAAUCUGAGGAUUCUCUCAAUCCACUUAAUGCUUGUGCUAUUGAAACGAUCAAUGUUAUUGUCAAAGAUGUUGGCAACUCGCUAUUUUCUAUUAUAGUUGAUGAAUCUUGUGAUGUGUCAAUGAAGGAGCAAAUGUCUAUUGUUUUACGUUAUGUAGACAAUAGUGGGCAUGUUAAUGAAUGCUUCAUAGGGAUUGAACAUGUUACAAGUACCACGACUCUAUCACUUAAGGCUACAAUUGAUAAGGUAUUUUCUAGAUACAACUUGAGCAUGUCUAGAUUGAGAGGACAAGGUUAUGAUGGAGCAAGUAAUAUGCAAGACGUGAUAAAUAUUGUUGGAGCAUCUUCCAAACGUUGUGAUCUUCUUCGAGAAAAGCAAUUAGACUUUAUUGUUAAGGCAUUAGAAAAAUGUGAGAUUUUAAGUGGACGGGGACUUAAUCAAGAAACGACCCUUCAGGGCUCUGGUGAUAAACGAUGGAGUUCACAUUAUAAUUCUUUGGUCAGCUUGCUUGCCAUGUUCUCUUCUGUUUUAGAUGUACUUGCAAUGAUUGUUGAAGAUGAAUCUUGUUCUUGUGAUCAAAGAUCUGAUGCAACAAAUUUAUUGGAGUCAAUACAAAGAUUUGAUUUUGCAUUUAAUCUACAGUUGAUGAGAAAUGUGUUGCGGAUGUCAAAUGAACUGUUAAAGGCAUUGCAAAGGAAAUAUCAAGAUAUUGUGAAUGCAAUAUAA